AUGAGUCAGUUUCAGGUGCCCCUGGCAGUCCAGCCGGACCUGUCAGGCCUUUAUGACUUCCCUCAGGGCCAGGUGAUGGUAGCGGGCUACCAGGGGCCUGGGCUUCCAGUGGCCGGGAGUGAACCCCAACUCCGAGGGGGCGGAGAUGGGCGGAAGAAGCGGAAACGGUGUGGUACUUGUGAGCCCUGCCGGCGGCUGGAAAACUGUGGGGCUUGCACCAGCUGUACCAACCGCCGCACACACCAAAUCUGCAAACUGCGCAAGUGUGAGGUGCUGAAGAAAAAAGUGGGGCUUCUCAAGGAGGUGGAAAUAAAGGCUGGUGAAGGAGCCGGGCCGUGGGGACAGGGGGCUGCUGUCAAGACAGGCUCAGAGCUCAGCCCAGUUGAUGGACCUGUUCCAGGUCAGAUGGACUCAGGGCCAGUGUACCAUGGGGACUCACGGCAGCUAAGCGCCUCAAGGGCGCCAGUCAAUGGUGCUAGAGAACCUGCUGGGCCCAGCCUGCUGGGCGCCGGGAGUCCUUGGCAAGCAGACCAGAAGCCCGGCUGGGACACGGCCCCAGGACCAGCUCACACCGCUCGCCUGGAAGAUGCCCACGACCUGGUGGCCUUUUCGGCUGUGGCCGAAGCUGUGUCCUCUUAUGGAGCCCUUAGCACCCGGCUCUAUGAAACCUUCAACCGUGAGAUGAGUCGUGAGGCUGGGAACAACAGCAGGGGACCCAGGUCCGGGCCCGAGAGCUGCUCUGCCAGCAGUGAAGACCUUGACACGCUGCAGGCGGCGCUGGCCCUCGCGCGGCAUGGCAUGAAACCGCCCAAUUGCAACUGCGACGGCCCGGAGUGCCCUGACUACCUCGAGUGGCUGGAGGGGAAGAUCAAGUCUGUGGUCGUGGAGGGAGGCGAGGAGCGGCCUCGGCUCCCAGGGACUCUGCCUUCUGGGGACGCUGGCCUCCCGGCGCCCAUCACUGGGCCACUCCUCAACGCCGAGGUCCCCCAGAUACCUCCUCUGGAGGGCCUGCCCCUGUCCCAGAGUGCCCUGAGCAUCGCCAAGGAGAAAAACAUCAGCCUGCAGACCGCCAUUGCCAUUGAGGCCCUCACACAACUCUCCUCUGCGCUCCCCCAACCUUCUCAUGCCACCUCCCAGGCUUCUUGCCCGCUUCCCGAGGCCUUGUCCCCUCCUGCCCCUUUCAGAUCUCCCCAGUCCUACCUCCGGGCUCCCUCGUGGCCUGUGGGCCCUCCUGAAGAGCACCCGUCCUUUGCUCCUGACGGCGCUACCUUCCCUGCAGCAACUCCGAGAACAGAGUUUCCUGAGGCCUGGGGCACCGACACCCCACCGGCCACUCCCCAGAGCUCGUGGCCCAUGCCUCGCCCAAGCCCUGACCCCAUGGCUGAACUGGAGCAGUUACUGGGCAGUGCCAGCGAUUACAUCCAGUCAGUAUUCAAGCGGCCCGAGGCCCUGCCCACCAAGCCCAAGGUCAAGGUUGAGGUGCCCUCGUCCUCCCCGUCCCCUGUUCUCCAGAGGGAGGCGCCCACCCCGUCCUCGGAGCCUGACACCCACCAGAAGGCCCAGACGGCCCUGCAGCAGCACCUCCACCAUAAGCGCAGUCUCUUCCUGGAACAGGCCCACGACGCCUCCCGCCCGCCGCCCUCGGAGCUUGCUGCUUCUGGCUGGUGGGCGCCACCCAGCUCACCUGCCCCUCGGCCUUCCGACAGACCACCCAAGGAGAAGAAGAAGAAGCCCCUGGCACCGGCUGGAGGCCCCGUGGGAGCCGACAGAGCUGGCCCUGGGGUCAAGCCCGGUGUCCGGAAGCCCGUUCACAUCAAGAAGUCCAGGCCGCGAGAAGCGCAGCCCCUCUUCCCGCCUCUGCGGCAGAUCGUCCUGGAAGGACUGAGGCCCCCAGCCUCUGAGGACGUGCAGGCUCACCCACCUGCCCCCGUGCCCGCCUCACAGGGCUCUGUUGUCCCCCUGCCCCCAGAACCUUCUCUUGCGCUAUUUGCACCUAGUCCCUCCGGGGACAGCCUGCUGGCCCCUACUCAGGAAAUGAGGUCUCCCAGCCCCGUGGCAGCCCUGCACCCAGGCUCCACUGGCCCUCUUCCCCCUGCUGACGACAAGCUGGAAGAGCUCAUCCGGCAGUUUGAGGCUGAAUUUGGGGAUAGCUUUGGGCUUCCUGGCCCCCCGUCUGUGCCCAUUCAGGACGCUGAGAACCAGCCAACUUGUCUCCCAGCCCCCGAGAGCCCUUUUGCUGCCCGCUCUCCCAAGCAAAUCAAGAUCGAGUCUUCAGGGGCUGUGACUGUGCUCUCAACCACCUGCUUCCAUUCAGAAGAGGGAGGCCAGGAGGCCACACCCACCAAGGCCGAGAACCCACUCACACCCACCCUCAGUGGCUUCCUGGAGUCGCCUCUCAAGUACCUGGACACGCCCACCAAGAGUCUGCUGGACACGCCCGCCAAGAGAGCCCAGGCCGAGUUCCCCACCUGUGACUGUGUGGAACAAAUAGUGGAGAAAGAUGAAGGUCCAUAUUAUACUCAUCUGGGAUCUGGCCCCACAGUAGCCUCCAUCCGGGAACUCAUGGAGGAGCGGUACGGAGAGAAGGGGAAAGCCAUCCGGAUCGAGAAGGUCAUCUACACGGGGAAGGAAGGGAAGAGCUCACGUGGCUGCCCCAUCGCAAAGUGGGUGAUCCGCAGGCACACGCUGGAAGAGAAGCUGCUCUGCCUAGUGCGGCACCGGGCAGGCCACCACUGCCAGAACGCCGUGAUCGUCAUCCUCAUCCUGGCCUGGGAGGGCAUCCCCCGCAGCCUCGGAGACACCCUCUACCAGGAGCUCACUGACACCCUCCGGAAGUACGGGAACCCCACCAGCCGGAGAUGUGGCCUCAACGAUGACCGGACCUGCGCUUGCCAAGGCAAAGACCCAAACACCUGUGGUGCCUCCUUCUCCUUCGGUUGUUCCUGGAGCAUGUACUUCAAUGGCUGCAAAUAUGCUCGGAGCAAAACUCCUCGCAAGUUCCGCCUCGCAGGGGACAACCCCAAAGAGGAAGAAGUGCUCCGGAAGAGUUUCCAGGACCUGGCCACCGAAGUUGCCCCCCUGUAUAAGCGUCUGGCGCCCCAGGCCUAUCAAAACCAGGUGACCAAUGAGGAAAUAGCGAUUGAUUGCCGUCUGGGGCUGAAGGAAGGGCGGCCCUUCUCGGGGGUCACGGCCUGCAUGGACUUCUGUGCCCACGCCCACAAGGACCAGCAUAACCUCUACAACGGGUGCACAGUGGUCUGCACCCUGACCAAGGAAGACAAUCGCUGCGUGGGCAAGAUCCCCGAGGACGAGCAGCUGCACGUGCUCCCCCUGUACAAGAUGGCCAGCACGGACGAGUUCGGCAGUGAGGAGAACCAGAACGCCAAGGUGGGCAGCGGGGCCAUCCAGGUGCUCACCGCCUUCCCCCGCGAGGUCCGGCGCCUGCCCGAGCCUGCCAAGUCCUGCCGCCAGCGGCAGCUUGAGGCCAGGAAGGCAGCAGCUGAGAAGAAGAAGAUUCAGAAGGAGAAGCUGAGCACUCCUGAGAAGAUUAAGCAGGAGGCCCUGGAGCUGGCUGGCAUCACCACUGACGCAGGCCUCUCUCUGAAGGCUGGGUUGUCCCAGCAAAGCCUGAAACCCUCCCUCAAGGUGGAGCCGCAGAGCCCCUUCAGCUCCUUCAAGUAUAGCGGCAACAUGGUGGUGGAGAGCUACUCGGUGCUGGGCAGCUGCCGGCCCUCCGACCCCUACAGCGUGAACAGUGUGUACUCCUACCACUCCUACUAUGCACAGCCCGGCCUGGCCUCCGUCAACGGCUUCCACUCCAAGUACGCGCUUCCGUCGUUCAGCUACUACGGCUUCCCGUCCAGCAACCCGGUCUUCCCCUCUCAGUUCCUGGGUGCUGGUGCCUGGGGGCACAGUGGCAGCAGCAGCAGUUUCGAGAAGAAGCCAGACCUCCACGCUCUGCACAACAGCCUGAGCCCAGCCUACGGUGGUGCUGAGUUUGCCGAGCUGCCUGGUCAGGCUGUCCCCACAGACACCCACCACCCCGCUUCUCACCACCAGCAGCCUGCUUAUCCAGGCCCCAAGGAGUAUCUGCUUCCGAAGGCCCCCCAGAUCCACCCAGUGUCCAGGGACCCCUCUCCUUUUGCACAGAGCUCCAAUUGCUACAACAGAUCCAUCAAGCAAGAGCCGGUAGAUCCACUGGUCCACACUGAAUCUGUAUCCAGAGAGCCUGGCAAGAUGGGCAAAACACCUUUGCCUGAGGCAUCUCAGAACGGGGGUCCCAGUCAUCUAUGGGGACAGUACUCAGGAGGCCCAAGCAUGUCCCCCAAAAGGACUAACAGCGUGGGUGGCAGCUGGGGUGUGUUCCCUCCUGUGGAGAGCCCCGCCGUUAUCCCUGAUAAGCUCGGUUCUUUUGGGGGUGCCUGCCUGACCCCUUCCCACUUCCCUGAUGGCCAGCAUCAGUGGGGGUUGUUUCCUGGCGAGGGACAGCAGCCAGCCCCCCAGCCUGGAGGACGGCUGCGAGGCAAGCCGUGGAGCCCCUGCAAGUUUGGAAGCAGCGCCUCGGCCUUGGCUGGGCCCGGCCUGACUGAGAAGCCCUGGGGGUUGGGGGCAGGGGAUUUCAACUCCGCCCUGAAAGGUGGGCCUGGAUUCCAGGACAAGCUGUGGAGCCCCUUGAAAGGGGAGGAGGGGAGGAUUCCAACCCCGGGAGCGAGCCAGCUGGACAAAGCCUGGCAGUCCUUCAGCAUGCCCCUGGGCCCCAGUGAGAAGCUGUUUGGGGCCCUGAAGUCCGAGGAGAAGCUGUGGGAUCCCUUCAGCCUGGAGGAGGGGACAGCAGAGGGGCCCCCUAACAAGGGGACUGUGAAGGAGGAGAAGGGCAGCGGGGGCGGCGCCGGUGGAGCGGAGGAGGAGGAGGAACUGUGGUCGGACAGCGAACACAACUUCCUGGACGAGAACAUCGGCGGCGUGGCCGUGGCCCCCGCUCACGGCUCCAUCCUCAUCGAGUGUGCCCGGCGGGAGCUGCACGCCACCACGCCCCUCAAGAAGCCCAACCGCUGCCACCCCACCCGCAUCUCGCUGGUCUUCUACCAGCACAAGAACCUCAACCAGCCCAACCACGGGCUGGCGCUCUGGGAGGCCAAGAUGAAGCAGCUGGCGGAGAGGGCGCGGGCACGACAGGAGGAGGCUGCCCGGCUGGGCCUGGGCCAUCAGGAGGCCAAGCUCUAUGGGAAGAAGCGCAAGUGGGGGGGUGCCGUGGUCCCCGAGUCCCAGCAUAAGGAGAAGAAGGGGAUGGUCCCCACCCGGCAGGCGCUGGCCGUGCCCACGGACUCGGCGGUCACCGUGUCCUCCUAUGCCUACACGAAGGUCACCGGCCCCUACAGCCGCUGGAUCUAG